CCUCGACCCCCACUUCAUUUCACUUCUGGGCUGCUGCCACACCCCCCACCUUGAUGGAGACACCUUCCUGGGCCCUGGAAAAGGAGCGGAUCUGGGCAUCCUGGCUUCCCCACUCACUCCAGCUGCCUGGCUUCCUGAUAGAUGUUUUAUGUUACGAAAGCCCUGGAACUGAGCAGGCCACGACAAGAUUUCCAACAACAGAUGGUGCCAUCAGAGAAGUUGUGUCUCUUCUUCAUUUUCUCCUGCCAGCCGACUUCAACAUCUCAAGCCUCUCUGGUCUGCUGUCCCCAGCGCUGACGGAAAGCCUGCUAGUUGCCCUGCCCCCCUGUCACCUCACAGGGGGCAAUGCCACACUGAUGGUCCGGAGAGCCAAUGACAGCAAAGUGGUGAAAUCUAGCUUCGUGGUGCCUCCAUGCCGCGGACGCAGGGAGCUGGUAAGCGUGGUGGACAGCGGGUCUGGCUUCACGGUCACCCGGCUCAGUGCGUACCAGAUGACAAACCUAGUACCAGGAACCAAAUACUACAUUUCCUACCUAGUGACGAAGGGGGCAUCCACUGAGUCCAGUAGAGAGGUCCCAAUGUCC